UUGGUAGACGAUAUUAUUCGCCCUUUACCAUUCGCUACAAUUAUUUUUAUCUCAGGGUGUACUGCGUUUUUAAUCAGAAAAUUUGCUUCUUUUGUAAUGCCGGAGGAGAGUUGUUUUAUCUCUUGCUGUUCCAGGCAGCUUAGAGGCGGCGUUCUGAAAAUAAAAGACGGUUGAGAAUAUAUAACUCUGGUUUUUGGGCUCGCUAAAUUUGGGCUUUGGUUUCGGAAGGGGUAGUGGUUUUCUGGGUUUUCUUUGGCCUGCAAAUUUAGCGAGCCUUUUUUGUGGGCAAGAAGGAGAGAUGAGAUCCAGGCGAAGAAAGGCAGCGGAAUGCCCGAUGGAAAGGAGGAGAAGCAACCCUCUCUUCAGAGGACUAUAGCCCAUCUUGUUUAUUUUGGCAGCACAGCAGAACAAAACUACAUUUAAGGCCUCUGAAUAUGCGUUGUUGCGGAGGUCCAUAUUGAUAUAAAUUGCUGUUGGUAAGCCGUGUCUACGGUGAUAAAGAUAAGAGAAGAGGAACGGUGAUGGAGGAAAUCGCAGUGGCGAAAGCCGUAGGUUGCCGUUGCCGCUGUUUAUCAGAAUGCGCUUGUGAGUAUGGGUGUCAGGCUAAAAGCCGUGCUGCUCGACGGAGGCGGAUGGAGAUCCGACAGUUCAAACUGGUUGCUGCAAAUGCAGCGGCCAUAUCGUCGGGGCCGAGCAAAAAGAGAGCUAAGCUGGGCCAUAAUGGCCGCCGUACCUCGGAUGAAGCGGCAGACGAAAGGGAAGAAAAUCCGGUGACAGAAAAGGCGGCGAGAUCUGUCGGUUCUUCGCAGCCGUGGGUUUUGGCGUCAAGAGACAGGGACGUAGUCUCGUGCCCACAGCAUGGCGUGGUGUCAAUCUGCGGUAGAAGGCGGGAAAUGGAGGACGCCGUGAGGGUUGUUCCGUCCUUCGUGGCUGGAGCCGAUGGCGUCUACCAUUUCUUUGCGGUCUUUGACGGCCAUGGCGGAUCCCAGGCGGCUUUGCACUGCAAGGAGCGGCUCCAUGAGGCCUUAGCGGAGGAGAUCCGUUUGACGGACCCUGUAACGGCGACGGAGUGGGAGUCCGUGAUGAAGGCAUGUUUUCUCAAGAUGGACGUGGAGGUUGCGGGGCUUUGCGGAAGUGGAAAGCAGCUCGACGGUCGGGGGUUCGAAUCUCAAGGACACACUGAAACUUCAGAACCCUCUGAAGCCAGGGCGACGGAGACCGUAGGAUCAACAGCUGUGGUUGCAGUGGUGAGCAGCAGACAGAUUGUGGUGGCCAACUGCGGAGAUUCCAGAGCCGUUCUCUCUACCGCUGACAAUUCUGUUGCGCUCUCUGCCGAUCACAAGCCCGAGGGGGCGGAAGAGAUGGCGCGAAUUGAAGCCGCGGGCGGCAGGGUUAUUUAUUGGAACGGAUACCGUGUUUUAGGUGUACUGGCCAUGUCUCGAGCAAUAGGAGACAAGUAUUUGAAGCCGUACGUGAUUGCAGAGCCGGAUCUGAGAGUGAGAGAGAGAAAUGCAGAGGAAGAGUGCCUGAUUCUGGCAAGCGACGGCCUUUGGGACGUCGUGUCAAACGAUGUGGCGUGUGAAGUGUCGCGCAGAUGCCUGGCGUUUCAUGGCAGAGGAGGAGGAAGGAAUAGCAGCUACGAACAUAUCAAUGGCGGCGACAAGGCAGAUCCGCCGUCGGAAUCACCCGCAGCCACGGCAGCAGCGUUGCUAACAAAACUAGCCCUCGCGCGUGGCAGCUCUGAUAACAUCAGCGUAAUUGUUGUCGAUCUCAGGAAGCCUCGAUAAUUGCUCCUUUUCAUUCUUUCUUAUAUUUCAAAUUUUCAUUACAUUCCGCAUCAAAGUAUGCAUCGCUUAAUAUUAUUAUAAAAUUAUAUUUUGUAAAUACUUUUCCAGAAUUGAGAGGACAAAUAUACUGUCCCUUUCUAGAUGUUGUUGCUAUGACUGACACGUGGAGCGAGACAUACAUACUAAUGUAGACCAAAUUCAGCUCAAAGGAGGGCAAAUGUUUUUUUCUUCGUUCCUUUGAUUUUUUGUUUCGAGAAGCUUCUGAAUUUGUUAGCACAUUAUAUAUAUAUAUAAAAUUUGCAAAGACACUUUUCAUUAUUA